CAUGUCGAGCUGGUACGUUUGGUGUUGGGUGUAUGUUAAACUGCAGUGAACGACACUGUGAUGGUGACAGUACAAUGUGUGAUGCUCAAAAUGGAACAUGUCAAAAUGGCUGUACGCCAGGAUGGAAGGAAUCAAGUUGUAUGAAAAAAUGUGACACUGGUCUGUACGGCGCUAACUGCACUUUUAUCUGCACAAGCAGACACUGUCUGAAAAAAAAUGCGACCUGUGAUCACGUGACUGGUUCAUGUGGAGGAAAGUGUGAAGAAUCCUGGAUAGGAGAAGACUGUACUGGGUGUCGUGGAAAAUACGGCAGGAAUUGCAGCUACCUCUGCAGUGACAGGAAGUGUAAAAACUCCUCAGCGCCGUGUGAUCACGCGACAGGAUCUUGUAAUGGAAAAUGUAAGGACGGUUGGAAUGGAGACACAUGCACGGCCAGGUGUCGUGGAAAAUACGGCAAGAAUUGUAGAUACCUCUGCAGUGACAGGAAGUGUAAACACUCCUCAGCGCCGUGUGAUCACGUCACAGGAUCUUGUAAUGGAAAAUGUAAGGACGGUUGGAAUGGAGACACAUGCACGGCCAGCACGUGAGACGUUACAAGAUGACGCCAGGAUCUAUAACAAAAGAAAACUCUAGCGUGGCAAACCAAGAUGGUGGACACUAUGAAAUCGUGGACAGGGAGACCGGUCGUGAACGAGACACCGCGGGAGUUGACACUUCUCACGAGAGCGGCUACGUGAAUUCACCAAGGUCACGUGAAAAAAAUGAUGUUUCACAACGCCCCCUAGGUGAUAGUGAGAGUGGAUAUGUCAAUGCUGGACAAGAUAUCCCGGUGAACGAAUAUGAACAUCUUGAUCCAUCACAAUCACCACAGAAUGUCUACGAUAAAAUAACUGGAAGUUAAAGACAUUCGCUCCAUUUUUGGCAACAACCACCACACCAACAAUUGAAGGGAAACUAUUUUGGGGCGAACAUCAUUUAAUUAUUGUGUUUCAUUAAUAGUUGACAAGGCAUUAGACUAAUUGUUCCAUAUAAAAAGAAGUAUUGCCUGCUCCUUAUUUUGUCAAUAACAUGUAAAUAUAUAUAUAUAUUUUUUUUUUUUUGUGGAAGCAAGAUUGUCCGCUCCAAAUAGGAUAGCUUAUUUGAAUGUGUUUGUGUCUGGAGGACAGCAUUGUCAUAGUUCGUUCGUUGAAUAAAAUAUAAAUAGCU